AGUAAGUUUCUAAAAAUGCGGGGGAAAAAGUUAUUGUGAAAAUUAAAAAGUGUUUUUAAUUCCAUUAUAUAUUUGUCUAAAGUCUGUUUAUAUUAACACAAAUACAGUGCUGUAAAUUAAAAAUUCACCUUUUAAAUAAUGUUAAUCAUUUUAUUGCUAUUAAAAUCUGUAAAAGUGUUAAAAGACCAAAUGUCGUGCAAAUGUCAAAUGUUUGAGGUUAUGUUUUUUGCCUAAAAAAAAAGUCGGCGGAAAAUUUCAAAGAUUUCAAAUCAAGAAACAAAAGGUAAUUGAUCCCAGACUUCGUUGCUACGUAUACUUUUGCAUUUUCCAUUUGAUCUUCGAUCACAGAAUAAUCCACCAGCACAAGGACACAUAAUAUAAUAAACAUUCCAUAUUUCUACUUGACUUCCGUCUGGAUAACUUAAUGUUGUAUUGAGAAUAUUAUCCGUUGGUUUACAAACUUCAUCUUCUUUAAUCAUGGGACUGCAUUGUGGAAAACUAUAUCUAUUUGGUUCUACAACAAUAUAAUUAGAGGAUAAUUUUCAAAAUAAUUCAUCACUAGGAAGAAAGCGUGUUAUACAAGUUUAUGUCCUUAUAAGGUUAGGCUAAGGAAACGUCGAAGAUACAUCGGAGAUAUUAAAAACAGAUCAGAAUAAUUGCAUCGAUAAAAGGGAAUUUGUAACAGAUUGCAAAUUAAAAACUUGGUGGGAACCAAUUACGUUUUCAAAUAAAGAUACCAAAAGUAAAUCAAUAAUUAAUAUGAAAACCUUGUGGGUGAUCGGUGGUCCAGGCUGUGGAAAGGGAACUCAAUGUGAUAAAAUAAUUGAAAAAUAUGGAUUUAUUCAUCUCAGCAGUGGUGAUCUUUUGCGAGAAGAAGUUGCCAGUGGAAGUUCAAGAGGUGCACAAUUACAGGAUCUCAUGUCGAAAGGUCUCUUCGUUCCCACUGAAAUUGUUCUACAAUUAAUAAAGGAUCGAAUGUCCAAAGAACAAGAAGAAAAUCCUUCAGUAAAAGGUUUUCUAAUUGAUGGUUAUCCUCGUGAAAAAGAUCAAGGAAUUCAAUUUGAAAAAGACGUGUGUCCAGUUGACCUAAUUUUUUUCUUCGACGUUGCUAAUGAAACUCUUCAGAAACGAUUAAUGGGACGUGCAGCAGCUGCCGCUACACAGAGAGCCGACGAUAAUGCAGAAACUAUAAAAAAGAGGAUUGAAAUUUUUAAUGAAAAAAAUGGAGAAAUCGUCAAUCAUUUUAAACCCAAAGUUGUUCAAAUAAAUGCUGAAGGAUCGGUUGAUGAAAUUUUUGCACAAGUAACAAACGCUCUAGACCAACUUUUAGGAGCUUAAUUUUUUUUU